CUUUUAGUUAUUGAAAGUUCAGACAUGUUGUUCACUCAAACAUACCUUUCGUGUUGUUUACUUGUGGUAGUUUCUGUUGUAAACAUUACACCUGUUUAUUCUAACCCUCAAUGUCCUGUCCACGAAUUCUUUAAUACAGCAGCUUUAAAAUGUACUGCAGAACCAACCUGCCAAAAUCCUUCACCGGAACCAGAAUGUGGUUGUGUAGAAGAUAAUUGCCAACAAAGAUGUGAAUGUAACCCGGGUUACAUCAGAGAUGUAUAUGGAAAAUGUAUUCCAAUAAGUCAAUGCCCUUGUACAGAAUGUGGAGAAAAUGAAGUUUUCAAUACAUGCGCUUCUAGUUGUGAUAUGGAACCAACUUGUUACAAUCGAACACCAGAAGUAGAUUCUUGCUGUGUACCUGAAACAAUUCAACGCUGUGAAUGUGCCCCAGGUUACAUCAGAGGACCCGAUGGAACAUGCAUUUGUAUUGCUAAUUGUCCUUGUGAAUGUGGAGAAAAUGAAGUUUUCAAUACAUGUGCUUCCAGUUGUGAUAUCGAACCAACUUGCUACAACCGAACACCAGAAGUAGAUCCUUGCUGUGUACCUGAAACAAUUCAACGUUGUGAAUGUGCCCCAGGUUACAUCAGAGGUCCCGAUGGAACAUGCAUUUGUCUUGGCAGUUGUCCUUGUGAAUGUGGAGAAAAUGAAGUUUUCAAUACAUGCGCUUCUUCCUGUAAUAUCGAACCAACUUGUGACAAUCAAACACCAGUACUAGAUCCUUGCUGUGUACCUGAAACAAUACAACGCUGUGAAUGUGCUCCAGGUUACGUCAGAGAUCCCAGUGGAAAAUGUAUUUGUAUCAGUAGUUGUCCUUGUUGUGACCCGUUGACUGAGGUUCUAUGUUGUACACCCUGCUGUGAAAAAACUUGUCAACACCCUGAUGGAUUUAACUGUCGAAGUCAUUGUAACGUAGAUGAAUGCGUAGUCGGCUGUGUAUGUAAAGAACAUUAUACAAGAGACGAAGAAACAGGGAAAUGUGUUGCAGUAUGUUAUCAUAAGUUAAUGAAACACAUUCACAAGCCUGUCGUUCAUCAUCAUCAUCACCUUCCAAUUCAUGUUCUUUAGAUGUAUUGAUAACCAUUAAUUUGAGUAGUAAUUCUGACUUUCAAUAAACUAUCUUAUCUAAUA